UUCAAUUCUCCAAUAUUAUUGCUUGCAAAGUUGCUAAUGCUAACGUGUAUCUUGCUAAUAGCAUAGUACUGCAUUAUUAUUAAUUAAUUAGUAUUUAUUUUAAUUUUUUUUGUUAAUUCCUUGCAAUGGCUGAUGAUGAUGCUGGUGGAUAUUACGAGGAGAAGCCGUUGAUGUUCUUUGGUCGAGACGUAUCGAAAAUUCCAUGUUUUCGAAACAGUUUCCUGUACGGCUUGACAUCUGGCCUGUUUGGAGGUCUGGGGUAUUUCAUGUUUACCAGUAAAAUUCCGCAAAGCUAUCGAUUUGGCGCAACAACUUACCUCGCCGUCACUAUUGGCUACUGGUUACAGUGUCGCUAUGUUUGGUUGCCUUCGGUGACCUUGAUGUUAGGUUUGGUCAACUUGGAAGACCUUGAUGUGAAGGGCGACUCUGGCAGACUUGUGUGCCAGAUGUGCUUUAUACCAAGUGGUGCUUGA